CACACCAACUUCCUCUAUUACCAGUGGACUCCUUCCUUUAGCUCCUCCCCUGCAUCAUUGACAGUAUUACCCGUGGACACUUCUUCAUCUGUAAACUCUUUGGCUUCUUGUUUAUGGGUGCAACAACGUAGCUGUGGAAAAAGAGAACGGAAGGACUGCCCUUCAGCUUCUCCCUUGCAUUUCCUCCUCAGCGUAAAACCAGCUUUAAGAUGUAUGACGCUCUUUGUGUUGGGGGUUCCUUGUUCGGCUCAGAAGGAAAGCAAGAUUGUAGCUCCUGUUACUUGAUAGGCAUGGGUUCUGUCAUCGGCAUUAUCGCCUCUGAUAUUCUCUUGACCAUCUUCAUCAUUAUUGCUGUGUUCUGCUUUGCAACUCACCACCAAAGAAGAAGAGAACGAGGUUCACAUGAUGGUAAAAGAAAUCUACCUUUAUCAGUUACAAAGAAAAUGUCAACAGAAGUCACAGAGUCUCCCUACCAGGAGUUACACGGAGUCCAGUCAGAUGUGUACAGUGAGCUUCAGCACUUUAGGAAAUGAAAUUCUCGUAAAUAACCCAUGAAAUGUCUAAAUCUCAACCUUUUAUCUGUUAUUAAUUCCUCAUUUUCAAUGCAUCAACAUUAACAUUACAUGAAAUAAUAUUUAACCUUUAACACACAGCUGGCUUUGCAACUUAAAAUUAAGCAGAAUUGUACAUAAUGAUAUAUAAUUGUGAAUAUUUAGCAUAUAAUGAAUAUUGUAUUUAGUGAAUGUGUUGUGUGUUUGCAUGUGUUCAUUUCUGAAUGUUUUCAGAUGUUUUUCAUUCAGUCUUCAUGCCAUUCGCAUUAUUGAACGAAUUUUUUUUCUGUUGGACAAAUGACAAAAUUCUGUUACAAUCCCUUUAUUUCUUUUAGUUAGAUCAAUUCUCACAUGAUCAGAUUACAAAAACAUGCAUAUCAAAUUCUAAACCUGGAAGAAAAAAGUCCCAGAAAGCAAUUAUAUUUGGAAGCAGUCUGUCUGCAUCCUAUGAGUCAACAGAUGGAGGCUUCUGACUUAAAAUGAGGAAGAAAUUAAACCUGGAAAAAAAAAUGAGGAAAAAGAAACAGUUAAAAAUACAAUAAGAACUAAAAGGCAAGACACAGACAGCUAUUUGGUCUUAUAUUUAGAUUAAAUUUGGGGAUUUUAAAUAAACCUCAUAUCAUGAGCUGGCUUCUGGUUAUGUGCAGAAAAUACUUGAGUGAUUCAAAUGCAGAGGGAACAGACCUCCUGUUUGAUCGUCAGGCAGCUCAGCCCUUGGCUGGAACAGACAAGCUGCUGGGCUCUGGAGGUGUUAAAGCACAACAAAAAAAUAUUCACAGAUCUUUCUGGAGAGCUGUAUGCAUAUUUGAUCAGGGGUAUUUUUAAUAUUCACUUGAGAAAGAGAAAUCUAUUCUUACUGGAUGGAUAUGUUUCCAAACUGACAGAUUCUCUAGUUUCUGUGGGAACAUUUAAGAUUUAUUGUACAACUUUUGAUUGAUCGCUGUAUACAGUUGUUGUGAUUUAUGUUAUAAAAACAUUCAGUCUUA